AUGAAAAAGACGCUGGUGCUAUGCUUUAUUCACGGAUUUCAGGGUGGCGACGACACGUUUGGCGACAGCUACCGCUUCGCCCAGCACCUUCGGGACCUGGUGGCAGAACGUCUCGACAAGAUAAACGUCCGGUUCCUCGUGUAUCCCAAGUAUGAGACGAGGGGGAGUCUAGGGGACACAGUCAGCCGAUUCCGCACAUGGCUUGAAGACAAGGUGAUAGAUAUGGAAGUGGAAGCCGGCACGGCGUCCCCGACCGUGGAUCCGUCCGUACGCACCAUUCUGGUCGGCCAUUCGAUGGGUGGCAUAGUAGCCGCCGAGACGGCCAUCGCGCUCACGUCAGACCAGCCCGUCUACUCCGACGCCGACGGCAUCGAGAAGAACGACGACCCCAGCUCGCAGCACAUCAGCUCCCUCAUGUUCCCCUACAUCCAGGGCGUGCUGGCCUUCGACACGCCCUUCCUCGGCAUAUCGCCGGGAGUCGUGGCCCACGGGGCAGAAGAGCACUACCAGACUGCUGCGACGGCGAUAGCGCAGCUCAGCAGCCUCUGGGGGGCCACGACGGCCGCCAAGCAGACCGGCGGCAGGUCUGCCGGUGCCCUACCGGCUCCGGGAACGUCUGGAGGCGGAGGCGGAGGCGGUGGUGGAGGGGGAUGGGGCAAGUGGGCAAAGGUGGCCGUCGGGGUGGGUGCGGCGGGAGCCGUGGCCGUCGGCGGUGCAGCGGCGUGGCUCAAGCGCGACGACAUCAGCCAGGGGUUCGGUUGGGCUUCGUCGCACCUCGAGUUCGUAGGCUGUCUAGCGCGGGGCGAGGAGCUCAAGAAGCGCGUCGCCAUCAUGGACAGGCUGCGGCGCGAGAUGGACGUGGGCUUUGCCAACCUGUACACCAGGCUGGGACGGGCUGCGCCGUCCGUAGCGACGAGCGGCAGCGUCUCGGUCACCAUCCUCGGAGGGGAUCGCACCUUUUGCAAUCUCCCCAAGAACUUGGACGGUGCUGCCGGGGUGUGGAAGCCUGCUGUCAAUGACAAGGCGAAGGAUGAGACGGUGGCACAUAUGUCCAUGUUUGAGGAAAAGGAGAACCCUGGCUACGAGACGUUGACUCGGGAUGCAAGAGAUUUCGUCAUCGCAUGGUUGCAGAAUGACUGGUACGAGAGCAGUGUGGACGAGGCCUAA